AUGCAGGCAUACGACCCCCAGGACAUGUUCUUUGCGAAAUCUCACAUCAAGUCCUGGACAAAAGAAGAGUCGGCGAAAGAAUAUAACAGGCCGGCAGGAGCGUAUAUGGCACUGAGACAUGAACACAUCUCCGUCCUUGUCGAUCAAGACAGCAAGGAGAAGAACGCACGCCGCCAAACACAGACACAGUACACCGGGAAAGCACCAGGAUCAUUCACACCACAAGAGGCACAGCAUAUCCUCAAUCUGCACAAGGACGACUGUAUCAAAGACUUGAAAGGCGCCACACUGGCGGCUACCGGCGCGAACCUCGAAGAAUUCGGCAUCGACGAGACCAUCGUUACGCAGGCGUGCGAUCUACCUGGCGAUAGAUCGUGGUUUGAGAAGAUCAGUGACAACUGGAAGAACGCUGCCAGAGAUGUACUGGUGGACAGCAGCAUGGAUCUCAGCAUUAUCGAGGAAGCCCCACUCCAGCGCCAAGUGAGCUUCCCGCCGGCGCGUACGAAAGGCUACGCAUCGGAUGUCAUGUUCGACCCACUCAUGGCGCGCGAGAACGCUUUCGAUGCGGCGCAAUCUGGCUUCCCUUUGACCGGUCCGAAGCGCGAGUUUUUGACGGAACCGGCGCACGAUCGGGUUACUAGGGCGCCUAAAGAUGAGAAGAAAAAGAAGAAAUUAGGCCCCGAAGUUGCCGAGCAAGAGCUGAAGAGAAGGAUCGAAAGGGCCGACACGUAUUGGGUAUUGGACGUCACAACUGAGGAUAUCCAACGCACAACAAAAACGCUGGCCACGGAUUGCUUUAUCCCAAAAUCGAGCGUCAUCAUGAACAUGGCCGUGAACAGUACAGUCAAAGAGGAGGACGACGUCUACAAGCAGGACAAGAACAAAGAGGGCGAGUGGACAGAUGGCGCCAAAGUUGGAUUGAAUGUCGCCAAAUAUACCAAGGAAUUCAUGGGCUUGACCUUAGCAUGGAUGCUAGGCGACGUCUACACGCGCGAAUACCGGAAAAUCCCCGCUCUGAUCCCCAGGGUAGUCAAGACUGCAGAUUUAAUGAAUAUGCUGCUCGCGUAUCCCAGGACAACACGGAACGACAUCGAUGAGAAAAUGGUGAACUCCCGCACUUAG